UUGACCAUUUCAGACUUAGGAAAGAAAAUCUAGUUGAUUGUGAUUCACGACAAUGAUUCUCAGGAGCAGUGUCGCUCAGCUUCAUCAUCAUCAUCACCAGUCUAAUCAACCAUCUCGUGUUCUUCCGCGAAAAUCUUCUUCAGAAAACAAUCGCAUCAAGUUCCCAAUCUCUCCACACACCCUCUCUUUAUCCUACUCUGAUGUUCAAUUGAAACGUUGGGAUUCCAGAUUAGUGGUUCAUAGGCGUGUAUCUGGUGAGUUUUCUGAUGGGAUUAUCGAUCAGGAUGAACAUGAACCUCCAAAUUAUGCUCAAAUUUCACCUCAGAGACUUGAACACAAGACAUCUUUUGUGGAAAUUCCAAAGACAACCAACUCUUUAUUGCCUCAAGUAGUUCUUGCUAGCACAAUAUUGGUUCUUAUCUUUCCACCAUCUUACACAUGGUUCACUAGCAGGUAUUAUGCCCCGGCUUUAUGUUUCUUGAUGUUUGCAGUCGGGAUUUAUUCAAAUGAAAAAGAUUUUGUUGAAGCUUUCAAUAGACCACAAGCUUUUUUCGCACGUUAUCUUGCCCAAUUUGUUCAAAAACCAUUCAUUGGUUAUCUUUUUGGAACAUUAUUCAUGACAAUCUGUGGCUUUCCAACUUCCUUAGGUGCUGGGAUUAUGCUAACUACUUGCGUUAGUGGGGCCCAACUCUCGAAUUACGCCACUUUUCUAAUGGACCCCACAAUGGCUCCACUAAGCAUUGUUGCCACCUCAUUAUCUACUGCUAUUUCUAUUUCUGUGACCCCACUUUUAUCACUUUUACUGAUCGGAGAGAAAUCGCCUGUUGAUCUCAAACAAAUGGUUUCCAAUAUUUUGAAGAUUGUAAUUUCACCUCUUGCUGUUGGCUUGCUUCUUAACCGGUUUUUGCCAAGAAUGUGUAGCAACAUUCGACCUUUUUUACCUCCUUUAUCGAUUCUAGUGAGUUCAAUAUGUAUGGUGGCUCCUAUUGCUGCUAACAUAAACUCUGUUUCAUCUACUUUUUUGAUAAAAGUUUUUGUGCUUGUUACUGGGCUUCAUAUCUCAGCAUUUGUCCUCUCAAAUGCAUUUUUAAUCGCAUUGUUUUCCACAAUUCACUUGAUGUCAAACUACUUCAGAGACAACUUUCUUACAAAACAGGCAUGAACCAAGGGGUAUUUAACAAAGUGUAGGAGGAAACUUAGUUAACUCUACACGUUUAAGGUGGUGGUAGUGGAGGGAAAGGGAAGAAGGGGGUGGAGCUAGGCUUGACAAUCGUGUCGUGUUCAAGUUGGCGUGUCGCGGGUUGGCAGGUUGGUGGGUCAAAAUAUGUCAACCCAAACACGACCCAUUUAAAUAUACAGGUCACGGGUUAGCGGGUUUGGAACAUAAACCCAUAUAUGACCCGCCAACCCAUUUAUUUAUACGGGUUUACAGGUUGGUGGGUUUGUGGGUCAGAAUUUUAGACAUUUAAGUCUUAAACAUCCAAAUGAAAAUUAAAAACAUUCAUAGAAAUAUGUUACAGACUUAGCCUUAUAGGUCACGACUUACGAAUCAAUGGUAUAUAUUAUAUAAUACUUAUUAAAUAUUAA